CUCUUAAAAGAUGGCGAAGACAUUAGAAAUGAGACGACUCCCUCCUCUUAUGAUUGCUAUCCUUCCCCUCCUCCUCGCACUCGCUCAGGUCGCCGUUUCCGACCCGAUUCCCGCUGAUAGGUCCCAGGUGAACGCCUGGUUCCAACGCAACGUGCAGCCUUACACGGCUCGAAAGGGCACAUUGGACCCGAACCUGGAGGCCGCCGAGGCUGGCUCGAGGGUGAUCAGGGUACGCCAAGAUGGAAGCGGCGAUUUCAAGACGGUGACCGACGCCGUCAAAAGCAUUCCCGCAGGGAACAACAAGCGCGUGAUCGUGUCGAUUGGGGCCGGCGAAUACAAGGAGAAGAUCAGGAUCGACAGGACCAAGCCUUUCGUGACCUUGUACGGAUCGCCUAACGCCAUGCCGAGGCUCUCCUUUCCAGGGACGGCUGCUCAGUUUGGGACGGUCGACAGUGCCACCCUCAUUGUUGAGUCCGAUUAUUUCGUGGCUGCCAACAUUAUUAUCGCGAAUUCUGCGCCAAGGCCCGAUGGGAAGACAGCAGGCGCACAAGCGGUGGCCGUGAGAGUUUCCGGCGACAAAUCUGCCUUCUAUAACUGCAGACUGCUAGGGUUUCAGGACACGGUCUGCGACGACAGGGGCUUCCAUUUCUUCAAGGAUUGCUACAUCGAAGGCACCGUGGAUUUCAUCUUCGGAUCGGGGACUUCUCUCUAUUUGAGCACUCAGUUGCACGUCCUGGGAGACAGUGGAUUGACCAUGAUAACGGCUCAAGCAAGGGAAAGCAACGCGGAGGACACCGGCUACUCGUUCGUGCAUUGCAGCAUCACUGGAACCGGCAACAGCACGUACUUGGGAAGAGCGUGGAAGGCCAGCCCCAGGGUGAUCUACUCCUACACGGACAUGAGCAGCGUCAUCAACCCCCUCGGCUGGUCCAACAACUUCCAUCCCGACCGCGACAGGACGGUGAUGUUCGGAGAGUACAAGUGUUCCGGCCCGGGAUCGAACCCGGCGGGGCGGGCGAAAUUCGGGAAGCAGCUAGGCGAUGCAGAAGUCCAGCCUUACAUCUCCUUGACCUAUAUCGUGGGCUCCAAAUGGCUUCUUCCUCCCCCUAGAGUAUAGAAAGAUGUGUGUACUCCAACUCUUCCCAUUUGGAUCAACCCAAAACGCGACGACCGCCUGAAUGUCGUCUACCGUUUUGAAUUAUUUAAAGCACGCUCUUGCCGAGUAUAUCUUUUAUGUAGUGAAUUGUGAUGUGGCGCAAUCCCGUCGCACUGUUCAUGCCUCCCACAUCUCUCUUGUUGCAAACAUUGCAUUGUUUUCCCGUGAGCAUACUCGUCUUUGUCUG